CCGGUCCACACGCACACAGCCACGGCCACGGGGGGUGCUUAGAGCAGAGCGAGAGGCAAGAGGACCGGGAGCCGGUGCACUACAGUUGUCUGCGACACGACUAUUGCUGGAGACACCAGCUUUGCUUCGGCUUUGUACGUCUUUUGUGGAAGUUAGACACGCGUUCAUAUCACAGCGCGCCACUUGUCAGCACCGACCUAUGUGAUUCGGAGCUCUACUGGAGAAGAAAGAAAACAGCGGAGGAGCUUUUUCUAGAGCUGUGCGAAGGAUACGGGACUUUUUCCUGCUCUUUUGUUGAAACAAGUCUUUUUAGUCAAAGGGAAGGAUUUUGUUUUUGAUGGGAGACGUCGUAGCUUGCAGCAGGCUACAAUUAUGGUGGCUGCGAGCGGAACACCACAGUUAAGUUUUACGUGGAGAACUGCCCACAGAGGAUAAAUUGUGUGCAAAGUCGUGAGGAUUUGUGCUGAAGGAGCCCUCGUCUCCCCCUCUUUGACUGCCAAUGAGCCCACCCCGAGGAGACAUGGGACCACUCAAGUGCGUGGGACUGGCUGCGCUUAUCCUCUGCGCAGUGGCCGACAGUAGGAUUCUUCUGGAUGGCCUACAGAGGUAUGGUCCCACACCGAUCUACCUGCCUGUCAGCUAUCAAAUCCUAAAUGCCGAGUCAGCAUUCUUCCUGCAGGAGGCAAACCAGGACCUAAUGAGGAACUCCAGCCUGCAGGCUCGAACAGAGUCUUUCUUCAUUCACCAGGCACGUCACAUGCCCUACAUCAAUGCCAGCUAUGGGCCACUUUCUGUGCAGCAGCCUGUCCCUUUGGAGAUGCUGCAAACACUGCCUGGACCUUUCAAUAGUCCUUCUUUUACAUCAUCAUCAGAGCCAGCACCUGAGUCUGAGGCACUCUUUACGUUUAACUGGAAGAUGCAUACAUAUAUAAUCAAUGAGAGGAUCCACCCCAGCAUGCCUAAAGUGCAGGUUCUAUUCUAUGUGGCUGGUCGGAACUGGGACGAUUAUAGCACAGUAAAAAGACUGCCCUGCGUGCGCAUGUUUGCCUUUCACGAGACUCAGGAGGUGCGGGGCAAUUGUCGCCUCGAAGGGGAGCUGGGCAUGUGUGUGGCAGAGCUGGAGCCCUUGGCCAGCUGGUUCAGCCCCCCCACAGUGAGGCCUGGCCGUCAGAGGGUAUCAGAGGAGGCCCAGGGCACGCCUGUGGAGCUCUACUAUAUGCUCCAAAUGACUGAGAGUGGGGAUUGUAGCUCUGAGGACACCAGACGAGCCAGUGCCUCUCACACAGAGCAGCCACGACCUAUGGGCUAUUAUGCCGGGCGCACACCCAUGCAGCGCAUUGGCAGUGUUCGCCUCUUUCAGCCUCUGUUGGAGCUCAAACUGGACAAUAACUUUGUGGUGAUGUCGCCCUCCAAACCCAUCCGGCAGAGAGAGACCGUCUCCACCUUUCUGGCCCUGUCCACGCUGUCCUCUGUGCAGAUAUUCACCUUAAGAGUGAGACUGAAGGAUGGCGUGGCGUUUUUGGGGGCAAGAGCCAGUAACCCGGUUCUGUGGACUGUGAGCCAGGAUGUCCGGAGUGAGGGCCACCGGAUCGUCACCCUUCACUGUCGCAGGAAGGAGAACAGCUUCACUCAAAGCUGUGCCACAGAGAGCUCUUUCAGUGCAGAGGUCCAAGUGUCUCUACUCAAACCGAAAUGCGUUUUGGUUCUAAUCGCCGUGCGGUCCUCCAGGGAAAUCUAA